CUAGUUCUGGGGAUCAUGUCGUGGCUUGUCCCGGCGAGCUCGGGUGUGGCAACGGUGUUGGAGAGGGUUCUUGCUCUGGGGGUGCCCGUUCUGGGGGUGCAGGAGUGGAGGGUUCCAGAAGUAGUCGCGGUGCAGCUGGGGGUCCAGGUGUCGGUGUCGAGCAAAAGCAGCAGCAGUUGCCGCCGGUGGCCGCCCUUUGUCUUCUCGGCCUUCCCUCCUUAGACCGCUUGCCUGUGCAUCCCCCGCCGCCUCCUCCCCUUCCUGUCCACGGCCCUAUGUUUCCUCCGCUGGACUCGUCCCCGGCCCGUUUCCCAUCUUGUUCCCCUCCUGUUACUCCUCCUCUGUCUCCUGACCUGACGCCUCCGUCUCACGUCUUGUCUCGCUGUCCCUCUCGUGCUCAUCCUGUCUCUCCUAUUCCGCGUUCUCACCCUAUCUUGCUUCAUUCCCACGCGUCUCGUCCUCCCCUCCUGACUUCCCCUCCUCCGUCGUCGCUUGCUGUCAUGCCUCUCCCUCUGUCUGACUACCUUCGUGCUGCUCGUCCUCUUGUUCCUCGAGUCCUUGCCUCCCUCGUUACUGACCCGUCUCUUCCUGUCUCCUGUCUUGACGCUCUUGUUGCUACUGUCGCUGACUUCGCUUCUACCCGUCACCUUGGCUAUGCCACCGCUCUGGUCUCUGACCCUGUCUGUCCUCCGUCCAUCAGGGGUGCUCCUGCCCUUGGCAGUGACGUCCUAGAGGACAGGCAGUACGAGCUUACUUUCCUGUCCGAGGCUGCUCCUCAUCUCUGCUCCAUGCUGCUAGUCCCUGAGGGUGACCCUGUCACAGGAUGGAAUGUGUCGAGGAAAAGUUGCACUAUCGAUUGAUACAAGGCGCUUUUAUGCUUCCAGAGUACAUCAAGUAACCAGGUUUAUCCUAUCCAAAGGGAAAAGACCCUUCUAGAAAUAGAAUCACCCUGCGUAUAGCCACGCGAGGCUAUUGGCUUUAAGGGAUUACGGCAGGAUUACGCUAGAUAUAGCGCGCCAGUACAUCCUGAGCCUGGUCGGUGAUAUAAUCGUAAUAGUAGGAUAAACCAAAGGAUAAUGAAAUAGGAAACCAAAUGAGAUGAGAUAAAGACCAAAUGAAUCAGAAAUGAGAGAGGAAUGAAAUAGAAAGGAAAUAUGGAAAGAGAAGAAGUGUAACGGGGUCGUACUCUCACACUUCCCCCUCUCAAAGCUGGGUGGUAGAAGUAACACCCUGCUUGACAAGGUAGUCGCGAAGAGGACGACGAGCGUUACUCAUCGCAGAUUUAGGAACCAAACUAUCCUCAGAAGAAUCAUAACCCUUCCAACAAAUGAGAAGCUCCACGUCGCCAUUUCGACAACGAUGGUGUGCAAGCACGGACUCAAACUCGUUCUCGAGUUCAUCGUAGACAAGGAUGGACGGCGGCGGUGGGGGUUGGCGUCAGGUGAAGACCGUGUUAGGAUCUCGAUAGGGCUUCAGAAGUUGGACAUGGAAGGCGUUGUGAAUCUUCCAGAUAGCUGGUAGGCGCAAGCGGAAGGUAACAGGAGUGACCUGUGCUUCGACGAGAAUGGGCCCGCAGAAGCGAGGUUGCAGUUUGGAUGGAAGAUGACCGAUGUCGAGAUUGCGGGUGUCGAGGAGAACCCGGUCUCCCACGGUGAUGGUGUGGUCAGUGCGGUGAUGAUCGGUCUGGUGCUUCUGUUGCUGUUGAAUGUUGAUGAGGCGCUUGUGGGUCCGAUCCCAAAGUUGGUGCAUGGUCGUGAUGAAGUCGUGUGCGGGUUGGACUGUGGCUGAGAUUGUCGGUUUUUGUGGCGUCUGUUCAGUAGCGGCAUGAUUGGCGUUGUUGUAGGCAAAGUCCAGGACGUGCAGAUGCAAGUCCCAUUUAGAGAUUUCGUCUUUGCAUACGGUGUGAAGGAGUUGCUCUACAAUCUGGUUGAGGCGCUCGGUCUGUCCAUCUGUUUGCGGAUGGUAGGCUGAUGACAUGGCGAGUUUGGUCCCGAGCAGAGACAUCCGUUCCUUCCAGAACUUGCUGGUGAACUUGGGGUCUCGGUCAGAGAUGAGUGGGGUUGGAAUGCCAUGUUGUGAGAUGAUGUAGCGAACGAAUAGUUGUGCUGUCUCUUCGGUGCAUGCUGUCGUGUGUGUCGGGAUGAAGUGUCCCAUUUUGGAGAAUUUGACAAUGAC